AUGACACAAACCUGGAAGUGCGACCAGUGCGGUCUUCCCGGCGUCCGUUUAUCCACAAGCCAAGACUCCAAUGAUUCCAGUCGGGCAUACUACAAGUGCAUCCCAUGCAACCGCUCCUUAGGCCCUUGCCCUUGCACUACACCUGGAGCCAGGACAACCUCGACGUGCCCUUGUGGCGAACGCGGUGAUGCCGAUUCACCAGGUCUUGACGUCCCUCGCGGUGUCUCCAUGCUUCCUAUUGAGAAUCUUCACAACCCUGACUCGGGCUUCGAUGAAGAUUGGGAGUCAAAUUGCAAGCCAGGCUAUAUGGUUUCAAGAUUCAAGGCUGCUGGCCAUGAGUUGCUUUGGGCGUGA